UUCUCGGCUUGUUUUCUUUUUUUAAUGCUUCAAAUCAAUACUUUAUAUGGUUGUAACUUCACGGUGUGUUUUUUCUAGAGUUGAGGACGGUUUUUGGAGCUGUUUGGAUUUUGGAUAAUGAAGGAUUUCAGGAGGAUCCAGCAGGGAUCGGACGAGAAGUGCAGGAUAAAAAAGUUUGGGAGGACUGCGAGAAAACUUUGAAGCGCCCCGCAGAUUUCUCUCCACCAUGCCGCGUUUAGAAACUCAUUCGAAAUCCAAAGAAAAUUUGAUCAUUUUCAAACAGGAUAGUUGAAUAAUUCAUAGUGAUCAGAUUUUUUUUGCACGGUUGAAUCUGUUCCUCCCAAGAUGUCUUCCCAGGCUCGGAGCCCCAUUGUUGGAUUUUACGGGAUGCUUUGCGUCUGGGCUGCCGGGGCGGUGUUGUCUCCAAACGGGACCAUAUUUGAGGAUAACUGCAAGAAAACAACAACCUGCGAGGCACUGAAAUACAACACAUGUCUGGGAUCGCCUUUACCCUACACACACACUUCUCUGAUCCUGGCCGAGGACUCCAGCACCCAAGAAGAAGCUUUUGAGAAGUUGACCAUGUGGUCUGGUCUUCGUAACGCUCCUCGCUGUUGGUCGGUCAUCCAGCCUCUGCUGUGUGCCGUCUACAUGCCCAAAUGUGAGAACGGUCGAGUCGAGCUGCCCAGCCAGAGCCUGUGUUUGGCCACACGUCGACCGUGUAGCAUCGUGGACCAGGAGAGAGGCUGGCCCAACUUCCUCAAAUGUGACAAAUUCCCUGUGGGCUGUUCGAACGAGGUGCAGAAGCUGAAAUUCAACAUGUCAGGUCAGUGUGAAGCUCCGCUGGUGAAGACAGACAUUCAGUCCAGUUGGUACAAAGACGUGGAGGGCUGCGGCAUCCAGUGUGACAACCCGCUGUUCACUGAGGAGGAGCACAAUGACAUGCACGCCUACAUCGCUUACUUCGGCACCAUCACCCUCCUCUGCACCUUCUUCACCCUGGCAACGUUUCUUGCUGACUGGAAAAACUCCAACCGCUACCCCGCGGUCAUCCUCUUCUAUAUCAACGCCUGUUUCUUUGUGGGCAGUAUCGGCUGGCUGGCACAGUUCCUGGAUGGAGCGCGCGAAGAGAUUGUGUGCAAGAGUGACAACACCAUGCGACUCGGAGAGCCCUCGUCUUCAGAGACACUGUCUUGUGUCACCAUCUUCAUCAUUGUGUAUUACUCCCUGAUGUCGGGCGUGAUUUGGUUCGUCAUGCUGACGUAUGCCUGGCACACGUCCUUCAAGGCCCUGGGCACCACCCACCAGCCGCUGUCUGGCAGAACCUCCUACUUCCACAUGGUCACCUGGUCCAUCCCCUUCGUCCUCACUGUGGCCAUCCUGGCUAUCGCUGAGGUGGACGGAGACUCAGUGAGUGGGAUCUGUUUCGUGGGCUACAAAAACUACAGAUACCGUGCCGGGUUUGUGCUGGCUCCCAUUGGAGUGGUGCUUGUUGUCGGUGGCUACUUCCUCAUUCGGGGUGUCAUGACUUUAUUUUCCAUCAAGAGUAACCAUCCAGGACUGCUGAGCGAGAAAGCGGCCAGCAAAAUCAACGAGACGAUGCUGAGACUCGGUAUAUUUGGAUUCCUCGCUUUUGGCUUUGUUUUCAUCACCUUUGGCUGUCACUUCUACGACUUCUUCAACCAGGCUGAAUGGGAGAGGAGCUUCAGAGAAUAUGUGCUGUGUGAAGCCAACGUGACAAUCGCCUCUCAGACCAACAAGCCGAUCCCAGAAUGCACCAUAAAGAACCGGCCCAGCCUGAUGGUGGAGAAGAUCAACCUGUUCUCCAUGUUUGGGACGGGAAUCGCUAUGAGCACCUGGGUCUGGACCAAAGCCACCAUCCUCAUCUGGAAACGGACCUGGUGCAAGAUUAUUGGCCGUAGUGACAAUGAACCCAAGAGGAUCAAAAAGAGCAAGAUGAUCGCCAAGGCCUUUGCAAUGAGGAAAGAGCUCCAUAAGGACCCAGAGAAGGAGCUGUCCUUCAGCAUGCACACCGUGUCCCAUGAUGGACCAGUGGCUGGAAUCAAUUUUGAGCUAAAUGAGCCGUCGAAUGAUAUGUCGUCAGCGUGGGCGCAGCAUGUGACGAAGAUGGUGGCCAGGCGAGGAGCCAUCCUGCCUCAGGACAUCUCAGUCACGCCGACUGGUACACCAGUGCCCCCUCCAGAGGAGAGGAACAGGCUGUGGAUGGUCGAGGCUGAGAUUUCCCCAGAGAUGAUAAAGAGGAAAAAGAAAAAGAAGAAGAGGAAGAAGGAGGUGCGUCCAGUGGAGGAGGCUGUGGACCACCAGCCUUAUCGCCAGCGUGAGUUUGGUCGCAGCUCAGUGCCUCGCCUGCCCAAACUGCCGUGCCACCCCAGUUUGGUCGCUAAUCUGCAGGAACAGCAGAAACUGGAGGAGGAAGUCCUGCCAGGGUCCUACCCAGAUUUCCAACCUUCCCACCCUCUGUCCUGCAAGGAGAGGUGUCCCUACCCUCCAUACCAGAGCAGUCGGGACAACUAUGGGCGCAGCCUGCUCUCAAACCCUCUAAAUUUCAGCGACCGCCCGGAGGAUAUGGGUCUGGGCCCACGCUGCCUCCCCUCAGCCUCCACCUGGCAGCCCAGUGGGUCUUCACGCUACCCUGCAGAGAUGGAUCUCACUGACGGGCUGUCAGAGAGGUUGGCCCACGUGGCUCGGGUACCAACAGGCCGAAGGGCUGGCUACGGACCCAUUCACUCCCGAACCAAUUUAAUGGAGGCGGAGCUUAUGGAUGCUGACUCUGACUUCUAAGAGCGAAGCUCCAAUAUAUUGCUUUGUGGUGCACAGACAGUAAGCUACAAAAAGUGCUGGAUACUUUAAACAUUCUUACUAAAGUGUGCCUUUUUCCCAGUGCCCAGAGGUCAAGACGGAACCAAGCUGGUCAGUUUUUCUUACAUUUUUCUUUUUUUCUUUUUUGAAAAACAAAGGGAUAAAGUGGAAAAAAAUAUGUUGUGAAUAAGUUAAUGAAAAAAAUAUUUUUGUACUUUGUGUCCAAUUAAAUUUCAAAGGCAACUCCAUGAUGAUAAGACAAUGAGGCAGCUAAACUUUAUGUGGCUUGAAGCAGAUAUCUUUACUCUGACAGCGCUAUACAUUCAUUAGCUAAUAUCAGCCCGACCUUCAACUCUUAAUGUUGCUGUGGAAGUCAAGGAUGAAUUGCUAAUUGACACAGUUGACUUGUUUUGGAAUUACCAAUAAGGACAUUUGAAGAUGAAGGCAGUCAGUAAAACUUUUAAAAAUCAAUUAUUUUCUUAAUCUCUGAUGGACAGUUUGUUACAUAAUUAUUUUAUACUGCCCCAGGGCAGCAACACCUGACCCAUACAGAGGACCAUAGAGGUUUAAAAUAAAAAAAAAACUUUGAUCUGCUUGCAAGUUCUGUUUAACCCAGGUCUUCUUUUGUGUUAUUGUUUAAAUGUGUUAAGACUCUGUCUCACUCUUCUUUUUUCGCUAUUUAGCUAUUAAUAACUUGUUUUUAUGUACAAUUAACUUGAGGUACUAACCAUUAUCUCCCUCGCCCAAUAAUGUUAUUCUUACAGAAAUUACUGUAUGUUUCUCAGUGGAUGGACUUUGAGAAGUUUCUGCAAAAAUUUGUGACACACACUGGGACUUAAAGAAAAGCCAGGAAGUACUAAAAGAAAUGGUUUAAAAGAUUUGUUUUGUGUACUUAUUUACUUCACAUUUUAACAGAAUAACCCAUAUGUUCUUUCCCUCUCUGCUCUACGUUUCAUUGUCACCAGUUGAGUGAUUUUGACAUGAUUUAGUUAAAGAGCAACUUAAAAUCAGGCUGAAUGUUGAUUUUUCUGCCCUCUAUGGUUGAAAAACUAAAAAAUUAAACAUCCGAUUCCUUUGAAGUUUUUUUAGUGCAAUGCAGAACAAGACUUUUUUUAGGCAGCCAAAAUGUGAUGAUUAUAUUUUAUGAACUAAAAACACACUAAUGCUAUAUUUUGCCAGCAGAAAACAUGCAUAAAACCAUUAAACAAACAACCUUAAUUAUGUACACCUUUAACCCUUAAUUACAUUUAAACUGAUGAGUAGUAUAAAAAUUAACCCCCAUGCAGUUGUCCUUAAUGUUGAAAUUAGCCAUAGAGACCAAAACAUGUAUUAUUUUUUUGUUUCUUUUUGUACCAGGUGGUAAACAUGUUUAUUUCUGCUGUAAAGUUGGGAUUUUUUGGUCUAUGGGGAUUAACCUGUAACCACACCCACCAGUGAUGUCACUGAGUCUUAAAGUACACCUGUACAUCACUGCAGCAAGGUGAAAAGUUAAACCACUAGAGGUCAGCAAAAACAAGAUUUCAGAGGGUAUUUUAAGUUACUCCUUUAUUAGUUAGAAAGUUACCAAGCUAAAGUAUAUACAAUGCAAUAAACCAACAAUUAGCUUAUUUUUUGCCUGGAAAAAAAAGCCUAAAAUUAAUAAAAUAGAUGCAUUUUUCUCAGUGAGUUCUCCUUGUGUAUUUCAGAACAUUUUUUUUCUCUUUGAAAGUGUUAUUUUUUUACAGCAGUAUUUCUACUUUUGUUACUUCGUUGUACAUAUUCAAUCUAAACUGAGCUUCAUAUGUGUUUCUUCAGUCCAGUUAAAAAUCUUUGUAUGAUGUAUUUUAGACUGCAGUGGACAUAGAUGUCACUUUUUUCCUAAAUGCUUUUAUUUUUCAUCGUCUCUCUACAUGUGUGCACUGUAUAUAGGUUGUUUAUAGAUUUCUCAAUAAGGGUAUUAUUUGUACAGAUUUAUAUAUCAAAUCACUUGAUUACUCUGCUGAUAUGAUAAUAAAAAGGGAAGAGUCAACUAUGCUAUGAAAAGGUGUCACUGUACUUGUGCUGUAACCAAAAUUUCACCUAGUGUUUUCAUUUUACUCUCAAUAUGGAUUAAAGAUGCUCUGAUAGGCCGCUGCUUAGCUGAUGCUAAUUAGUUUGUCUAAUGUAAGUGUCUAGUUAUUCAUGUGAGACGUGUAUGAUAGGAAAUUAUUUAUGUUUUUAGUAGUUACCAUUCUGCAAUAAAUUCAACAAUUUAGAGAGUUUGGCAACAAAAAUAGAGCAUAGCUGAUAUCCACCCAAAAAGUUUAUGUUAAAAGAUUAUUAAGAGACUUAAAAAUAAUGAUAAAUAAUAAUUUCUGUUUUUGUAAACUGUCAAGAAGAUUUAGGUCCCACCAGCAGGCCUCGUGUUGCUUUCUGUGUUUAGUCUCCCAACUGUGUCAAAAAAAGAUUACUGUCACUUUGACUGUGCAGCUGUAUCAUUUUUGUUUUUAUAUGUGAAUAAAAGUAACCCUACACUUU